UUCGUCCAAGAGAUUUGUUUCAAGCGCCAAUGAGGACCAGAUGGCGUCCACUGGGCAGAGCGGGGCCAAGAAGGGGAAUGCACCCUUGUCGGCCGAUGUCAUUAUCUCCGAGAAUUUGCAGAAGCUGAUCCGGAAGCUGUCGCCCGCCGAGGCGAGUAGCCGAGAGCUGCAGCAGAGCGAGCAGAUGGCCUGGAAAACGAUCCGGAACCAUCGCUACCUCAUCCCCAACAGUCACGAGGUCGGCCGCAGCCUGGAUGCUUUGGCGGAGCGUUUUCGGGUGGAGGACAUGGCCGAGUUCGGGAGCACCCUGCUGGAGCUGAGCGGCAGGGUGCUGGCUCAGCCGGAGUGGCUCGACCACGACUCCUCCCAGAACGUGCAGUGGUCCCUGCUGGACUUCCUGCUCAGCUUGGCCCAGGAGCCCAUCCAGAAUAUCCGCAGGAACUGGGUGCUGAUGAACCAGCACCGGCUGUCCGUGAUUUCGGCCCUGGAGGUGGCCGAGAGGCGGAGCAGCCGCACAGACGUCGCAGGUAAUGAUUCGAGGGACCCGGAGGUGGACUGGGCGGCGUUGCUAAGGGAGGAUUUCCUCCAGCCAGCCCACUCGCUGGGGGGCAGCUCGGACACCCUGAGUGAGUGGUCCGACGACGAGAGCGAUCCGGUCGAGACCGAGGCCGUGGAGCGCGAUACCAGGCCGGAUAUAGGGGCUGUGUACGAGCAGGCAAUGCAGGCGGCGAUUCCCUGCACUGCCCCCGCCCCGCUUCAUCUGCCGCCGGGUGAGGGGGACCAACCCAAGGGCGGCAAUUUCCGCAUCAUCCAGCCGGUGCUCUUCGCCCUGGGACACCGCCAAGGGCCUGCUCUCCGGCUAAAUAGGCUGCCCCAGCUGCCGCCGCUAGUGCCUCCGAUGGCGGUCAGUCACUACGAGGAGAGUGUGCGGGAUGAGCACCUGCUGCCGAGGACCAUCCAUGCCCCCUGGUGGCGCCAGAAUGUGAAGACCUUUGCCCUGCCUGGGGACGCCGAUCACCUGGAUAACUUCGCCGUGACCUAUGUGCAGUUUCUAAAUUUGAAAACUGUCGGCCUGAUGGAACUCCGGCCGCCCAGCACAAUCACGGAGGCUUGCCUGAUGCGCGAGAUCCUGUUCAUGUUCGUCCGGCCAGCCAGUUGCGGCUUCUUCGCCUUUGACAGGGAGACGCGACGCAUUCGGGUGCGCGACCACAUCAGCAUCCCCACAGCGACAACGUACACACUGAGCGGCUUCCUGGAGGCCAACGUUCUGCCUGCCCUGGAAGACAUGCUGGAGCUGCGGCACAUCAUCGAUGAGCACACCCUAUCCUCCCACGAGGCCAGCACGGGGACCCUCGAGUGCUUUGCCUACGGCCUGCGAGACCUCGUUGACCCCAUUUCCGAGCUCCUCGUCGCCUACGAAGAUCGUGGGGAGGAGGCAACGCUGAUAGACUUUGUCGCCGAGUUCAGGCUGCACUUUCGGCGGCUGCACCUGCUCCGUGGCCUAGCCCAGGAUGCCAUAUUGGGCGAGGGACCCCAGCACCUGCGCAGCUCCUACCUGCUCUCCCGUCUCUACAGCCAGACGCAGCCGCAUGUGCCGCACCAGAAGCUGGCCACGGCCCUGCUGCUGGUCUCCCUGAAGCGCUACUGCAGCAUCAUCGACGCCUGGUGGCGCCGGGCCACGCUCGAGGAUCGCCAUAACGAGUUCGUUGUGGAAAGGUGUGAGGAGGACGCGAGUGGCUAUGUGCGCAGGCGCUCUGUGGCGCCGGAUGAGAGUCCGGCGGUCAGGGAGAGCUUCGGAAAGCUCCGUCACUGCCCUUUCUAUCGGAUAUUGCUGGAGCACGCCUUGGAGUCGGGGGACACGCAGGAUCUGCUGGCCAAUGUGAAUCUGCUGGGCGAGAUGCUGGCCAGCAGCAAUGAGAGUCAGCCGCGAUCCUUGUACGAUGAGCUUGCUGCCCAGUUGCUUGCGCAGGUGAGGAUUUACUGUGGAGGGGGAGGAGGAUCACCCGAGGAGAAGACAAAGGAAAAGGAUGAAGAGCAGGGGGAGGCAGGACAGAAUGCCGAUGAGCUACUGCUGAGCAGUGUCCAGGGCAUUCGGAACUUGGAUCUUCUUCACAUAUUUACGCGCCCAGCCAGGGAGCGACUUCUGGAGAGCCAGGAGUGUGGAUCUGCUCCCCCCAGUGUCCAGGUGGGGGAUGUACUGUCCCUACUGGAGGACUCCACCCACCUGCAGCUGAAGGCCGAGCUGCCGGACGCCCUGCGCGAGAUCCUGCUCCGCCGCCAGUGCCGGGCCAACGAGUAUGCCAUGCGGGCGUACAGCGAGGUUCUCCACCUGGGCGAGACCACGCGCUUCCUGCGACACAUCCUGCUGCUGGAGGCCUACUACCUGCUCUUUCCCUUCUACAACGCCCUCUUCGUUCGCAUCGAGACGGAGUCCGGUUGGGCCCGGGAGUCUCAGUUGAGCUCGGACCUCUACGAGGUCCUGCUGCCCGCCUACCCCCGGUGCGCCGGCCAGCUACACGUGCAGGUCAUCUCCCAGGUGGCCUGCCGCUCGCACAAUGCCUACGAGGCACUGGAGGCCUUGGAGCUGUCCUACGACAUGCCGGUGGCCCUGCAGCGCAUCCUCACCGAGCGCCACAUGCAGUCCUACAACGCGGUGUGGCGUCUCAUGCUAAAGGUCAAGUGGGCGGUGUGGAAGCUGGAGAACCUCGCCUUCCUGCGACGCCCCAAGGCCCAGUCCUAUGCCCCGCUGGACCUGCACGGCCUGACCAUACGGCGCCUGGAGAUUCUGCGUUUCUGGCUCAUUUACCUCACCGACAACCUCCACAGCCACAUCAUGGGCGCCCUGGCCGUGAAGUUUGAGCUGCGGAUUUCCGGGUGCCAGAACAUCCGGGAGCUGAGUGCCCGGCACGACGAGUAUGUGGCCAGCCUGCUGACCCGCUGCCUGCUAACCGAGGACUUUGCCCCCUUCCGGGUGGUCCUCGAGCAGCUCUUCUACCUGGUCUUCGUGCUGCACAUGGAGUGGACGGCCUGUGCCAGGCAUCUCGGCGACAGCGAUGCCCUUAGCCUGGCCACGGAGGAGGACGGCACGAGGGACGAGUACUUGGCCCACAACCAGGUGGAGGAGAUCGAGAAGACCUACGUGCGCUGCCACCAGACGCUGGGCGACAUUCUGCACAAGCUGGUCUACCAGCAAGACCACGGCUUCCUCACGGCCCUGGAGGUGGCCGUCAACACGAGUGUUCCCUACUGAGAGGGCAACUUUCUUAAGAUAAUCCAGGAGAUCCUUGCUGUGUUUGAUCCUUCUAUGGGUCAAGGGAGCACUCUCUUUCUCGGAAUUUCUUGAUUUUUUGCAACAAAACAACUAAAUUUAUUCUUUAGUUUACAAACUUGUUUAGCCAUUAAUCGUAAAUACUUUUAAAAAUAGACUUUAACUACAAGGGAA